AUGAAUCGCGGCAUGGCAAACCGUCGCAUGAAACGGGAGCUGGAGCUUCUCUCGCGCGGGGGCGCAGCUCCCGGCAUUGCGGCCUGGCCUCGAGACGAAGGUAAUCGUCUGGACGUUCUGGAUGCAGAAAUACGAGGCGCGUCAGAUACCCCUUAUGAAGGAGGAAUUUUUCGUCUAGAGGUUGUGAUCCCUGCCGAAUACCCCCUGAAGCCACCGCGGGUGCGCUUUAUGACCAAGAUAUACCACCCUAACAUUGAUAGUCAGGGACGAAUUUGUCUGGAUAGUCUCAACAUGCCGCCCAAGGGGGCGUGGAAACCAUCGCUUAAUGUAUCAACACUUCUUACGACGAUUCAGGCGCUCAUGUCAGAGCCAAAUGGAGAUGAUGGUCUCAUGGUGGAAAUCACGGAAGAGUUUAGAAGAAGGCCAGAAGUAUUUCGGAAUAAGGCCAGAGAGUGCACCCGGAAAUAUGCUUGCGGGGAAGUAGCCGUGAGGGGAAUGAGUCUGGAUGGAGACAAAGCGGACGUUGUGUCAGGGGAUACAGAAGAGCCGGACGUGGCGGAGAACCGCGAGGGGGAGAGCGGAGAUGCAGAAAAUCAGGACGAGGACGAAAUUCGGCCCGUUAAGGGGGCAUUGAGCGAAGAGGGAGCGGUUACGAGUCGAUUGAGGAAGAAGCCGAGGUAUUCAUGA